CCCCCCCUCCCGCGAGGGUGCCUUGCUUCCUCCUCCUCCGCCCCGCGCCGUCAGUGCCUCAGCGUCGUGCGCGGAGCCGAGCCCGGCGGCCGGAGCCGGAGAGCCACACCCCCUUGCCGGAGCCGGGCAGCCGAUGGCGUUCUCUCCUGUGGCCGUGAGCUCGGAGGCGUCGCCGGAGCCGGGCGGCAGCGGGAGCCCGGGCGAGGAGGCGGAUGGGGAGCGGGAGCCGCUACCGCGGCUGGGCGAGAGGCCGGUGCCCGGGAACCGCCUGAAGGAAGUGGUGGGCGCGUCCUUGGCGUCGCUGUGUCUCGGCCCCCUCGCCGGACCUCAGCGCCUCGGGACCCUGGUGGAUUGCCUGGUGCUGAACUACCGCCUGCGGCAGGGGCUGGGCCGGAGCCGGGACCGCGGGGCCGAGGGCGGGGGCGCGGCCGAGGGGCCGCUGCGCUGCUGCGGCUGCGGCAGGUUCCUGAGCGAGCCGGUCACCGUCCCGUGCGGGCACACCUACUGCCGCCGCUGUCUCCGGAGGGAGCUGCGGGCCCGAUGCCGCCGCUGCCGGGACUGGCUACUGCCGUCGGGGGGCACCAGCACGGCCGCUGCCCCGCUGCGGACCAGCGUUGUCCUCAACCAGCUGGCGGAGAAGUGGUUCCCGGGCGAGUGCGAGCGGGCGAGGACCGGGAGCCGGCUGGAGGAGCUGCUGGCCCAGGGCCGCUUCCGAGAGGCUCUGGGCGCCGCCGGCCAAGCUCUGCGAGCAGAUUCCAGUGACUUGAUGCUAAGAAUUUACCGUGCUGAGUCAUAUGUUGGCCUCCAAGAAUAUAAAACAGCCAUAGAAGAUCUAAAUUUUGUUAUUUCUAAAAUGCCAAAUUGGCCAGAGGUCUACUUCCGGAAAGGAAAAGUGCUGCAAGACUCUGGCUUUGUAGGUGAUGCCUUACAACUGUUUCUACAGUGCUUAGCCCUUGAUGAGGACUUUCUUCCAGCCAAGCUAGAAGUAGAAAGGACAUUGUGUGAUGUGCUGUCACCAGAGAAGUUAGGAGAGAGUCUGAAGGAAUCUGCUUGGAAUUCACCGCAUACUCGAAACAAACCUUUUAUACUUAGUUCUGAGGUGACCGAGUCUUACUGUAACUUACAGCUUUGUCCUGAGCAGAGUUUAGAAGGAUCAGAUGUACUGGAGCCUGUUAGUGGAAGCUUAAAUCGCACACAGUCUGCCCAUGCUCUUAACUCAACAAAAGACCUUGCCAAGGAAGAUGGCUUAAAGAGAGUGUCUUCUGAACCCCUUCUCUCUGGACAAGAAAAAGGUGCUUUGUUGAAAAGAAAGCUUUCCUUUUCAGAACAGGAUACAGUUGUGUGUGAAGAUGGAAGAAACAAACACAAAAAGCAAGGAGAAAGUACAAAAAGGGACAUGACACUGGUUUUUGGAACAAUUCCAGGGGAUCUGAUUGAUGUAUCAGAUUUUGAGUGCUCUCUAUGUAUGAGGCUAUUCUUUGAGCCAGUGACAACCCCUUGUGGACAUACGUUUUGCAAAGGUUGCUUGGAACGGUGUUUAGAUCAUGCUCCUCAGUGUCCACUCUGUAAGGAGAGUUUGAAAGAGUACCUUGCAAGCAGAAAAUAUAGCAUCACAGAACUGCUGGAGGAAUUAAUAAUGAAGUAUCUGUCUGAUGAAUUGUGUGAGAGAAAAAGAAUUCAUGCUGAAGAAACUGCUGAACACUCAAACUUGACCAAGAAUGUUCCAAUGUUUGUUUGCACUAUGGCAUAUCCUACUGUGCCUUGCCCUCUACAUGUGUUUGAGCCAAGAUACCGACUAAUGAUUCGCAGAAGUAUGGAAACUGGAACUAAACAGUUUGGGAUGUGUAUAAGUGAUGCUCAAAACAGUUUUGCAGAUUAUGGUUGCAUGCUGCAAAUUAGGAACGUUCAUUUUCUACCUGAUGGACGGUCUGUUGUUGAUACAGUUGGUGGAAAGAGAUUUAGAGUUUUACGGAGAGGGAUGAAAGAUGGUUAUUGCACUGCAGACAUUGAAUAUUUGGAAGAUGUUAAGGUUGCUGAUGCAGAAGAACUAAAGAAACUGAGAGAACUUCACAAUUUUGUUUACAAUCAGGCCUGCAGUUGGUUCCAAAACUUAAGAAACAAAUUUCGCACUCAAAUUCUUCAGCAUUUUGGGCCAAUGCCUGACAGGGAGGAAAAUAUACAGGCAAUGCCCAAUGGUCCUGCUUGGUGUUGGUGGCUUCUAGCUGUUCUCCCAGUAGACCCCAGAUAUCAGCUGUCAGUUCUCUCCAUGAUGUCUUUAAAAGACCGUCUGAUAAAAAUCCAGCAUAUACUCACAUAUUUUUCUAGAGACCAGUCCAAGUGACUAACCACCUGGGUCUUCCUGAAAAGUUACUCUGUUCUGGUUGUAGUAGCAGCUGGAAUUUUUGCUGCCUUUGCACAUCUAGCACUGGUUUGAGAAGUGUAGUGGAACUGCUUUUUCUCUCUCCUCCCCACCCUCCUGACUUCCUGAACCAUGUGGUUCUUUGAAUGCACAUUUUCUUCAACUAUGAGAGAAGACCACUGACGAUUGCACAAAGUCAACCCAGCUAGAUAUGUUUUUCACAUUAUCUACAUUACAAUUUGCACUAUGUAGAAGAGAACCUUUUUGAGACUUGAUAAUUUUAGCCACUGACUUUUUAAAGCUGUGGGAAGUAUAGGACUUAGGCUGACAGUCCAAGUUUACAACAUUGAGGAGGUAUUAAAGGUUUUGCAAAUGUUUGCCUCGUACAACUGUUCUUUUGCUGUUUGCACAAAUAUUUGAAAAGUAGUAUUGAAUGUCACUGUUGAACAUUACUACUCUUGUUGAAUUAUCUUGACCGUGAACAUGGCACAGAAUUUUAAGUUAUCUUGUAAAUAUAUGCAUCACGAAACAGUUGACAAUAUGAACUGUAUGCUGAAGUGAGAGCCAAUUUUAAGGAACAAAUGCAAAAAAAAAAAGGUACUUCUGUCUAAAAAUACUUAAACUGUGAAUAUGGUUUACAAACCUAGGCCUGUACAUGUUAACGAGGAAACUGAAAACUAAAUGCUAGUACCGGUUAAAUUUCUACGGGGCUUUUCAGGCUGGCUGUUCUUCCAGAGCACACACUUAGUUUAUAGAGCUUAGAAGAAGAAAUCUUAGAGAGUGUGUGUGUGUGUGUUUGGGGAUUGUGUAUCCAGGAUUUAAAAGCUUAAAGUUUUAUUUGAACUUUUUAAGUUGGUGCAAAUGUGAGUUCUAUGCCUUAUUCAUAUCAAUAGUAGAGCACACUGCAGUGGCGAGGUUAGCAUCAUGCUGCCAAUAGGUACUUUUUGUAAUUAAAGGUUUGCAUAUUUGUGAAUAUGUCUGAUACUGGCUUUCUUGUAUGUAAAUCAUUUGUAAAAUAUUUCUUAAAUCUUGCUUUUGCUAAUAUAUUUAAUUUUCAAUAAAAGCUAAACGUUUGUAAUAUUUUUAACUUUAUCAGAAACUAAAGAUCACUUUUGUUUUCCAUGUGCUUCUAUUCUGGAUUCUCAAGUAAAUCCAGAAGCUGCUGUUUAACCUACAUCAAGGUGGCCAGCACUUUGUGACAUAAUUGGUAUUGGACAUAAUCAGGCUCAUUUAUUGGCCAGAUGAGGUUUUUGCUGGUGUUCUGCUUUUGUAUCUACUUUGUUUAAAUUAAGGUAGUUUCAGGUAUGAAGUCUGCAUUUCACAAAACUUAAAUUGCAGGAAACUGUGCUUGCAGAACUGUUAGGUAUUUCACAGGCUUGCUAAUCAGAUGCUUUCGCAAGAAAAUUUCAUUACAAAGAAACAGCAACAGCAAAAAAAGCAAAGUUACUGUGAUUAACACAUGUUGCAUCUAGACUGAUUGUAAGUACUACUCUUCAGUAAUUAUUCCGCAAACGUGAUCAUUGUAGGUGCUGUUGGGAAUGCUAUGAAAUUGAGAAUGGGGAGGAAAGAUUUUUAAGAGGAUUUUCAGGUUGGAAUUCUUUGAAAUGGUUGUUUUGUGGACCAGAUUUUGUCACUUUGCUCUGCCCCAUUCUAACUGCACAGGCUUGCCUGAAUGUUGGCACAGACCUGUCAGUAAGUACCUUGGAGAGAUACCGUGCUGUACUUUACACAGGGGUUUGAAUUUGGGGAGCGCUCACUUAUUCUUUUGAUUCCUCCCACCGCCCCAUGCCACACAGCAAGAGGGUUCUUUAGCUAUCAAACAAUAAAACAGCAACAGGCUAAGGACCAAGUUUGAUCAACUUAUUAUUAUAAUAAAGUUGACAAUGUAAUUAAGCCUGAGUGGAAUGUGAGCAAUCUAGGCAUGAGUGAAAGGGAAAGGGGGAAAGCUCGCUUGCUAUGUAGGCAAGGUACAACUGUUAAUGAUAAUUCUUACCUGAUGAUGAGCAACAGUCAAGAACAUUGUCAACCUCUCCUGUUCUCUGUUAUGAUGUAAGGAUGACUCCUUCACCAGGCAGCACCCCUGGACCAGCCAGCAAGAGCUACCCCAAGUUAGUGUGGGGACACCUUGUUUACGGGGUUGCACCUUCCCUGUUUGAUCACAUGAUUGACAAGUUGACAUAGACAUGUUCUUCACGUGUAAGAACAAAACUAGAUGUGUCUCAAAAGACUGGUGGUCUGUAAAUAGCUAUACAAUAAAUUGGAUGUGUGUGUAUAUUAAUAUAAGAAAGUUGUAAACCUCAACAUGAGGGAUUGAAGUCACUGUACGGAGAAGUAUCUGCCCAGAACUGAUAGGUAGUUUUCAAAUUUUUCUGGCAAGGACCGCUUCCCAUUCUGCUAAAUUGUGGCCAAAGAUCUCACUGAAAUUCUUAAUUCAUGAUUAAUACUCACCUCUAGUCUUUUUACUUUAAAUUACUCUUACCAAUCAUCAUUUCUUCUAACAACUUGGUGCCUGAAGUGAGAACUAACAGACUUUAGGUUCAGAAAUUUGUUUUCUUGGUGUGAAACAGCAACUUUGUAUUUCUCCGUCUAACUUGAUUUUUUUGUUUGUUUGUUUAUUUAACUGGCUUCAUCUGUAACAUUCAUUCUAGCAAACUGUUUCUCUGUGGGCCUAACUUUCUUUAAGGACAAUAUGCAAGGAUGGCUGUAAGAUAUGUUGGUGCAGGUGGCUGUGAAGCUUGAAGGGAUGCUAGAAAGUUAAUUGGGAGAAACGUUUGCUCUGAAACCCCUGAAAGACUAGGCCAGAUUCAAAUGUUGCUAGGGGCUUUACAAGACUUGGAAGGACAGUACACUCAUCCCUUUGGUUCUGUAAAUUAUCCAACUCGUUCCUUUUGAGCUCUGUCUCAGAGUGUGUGUGUGUGGUGGGGUAAGUACCUGCCACAUACUGAAAUUUUACUACAGCCUCAUUCGCAUUGAAUACAAGUGAGACACGGUAGAGCUGAUCCACACAACAUUCUUCUGAAAGACAGCACAAGGGAGUCUCACAGUGCAAGGUGCUGCUCAUUUGACAUUACCAGUUGGGGCAGGGACAGUUCCCAGAGAAAAUGGUUGAAACUUUGGCUUUGAGCACAUCUUCAGGAGCAGUAGACAAACCAUAACUGUCUGGCUGCACCUGACCAAGCCUGAGGUGUUGCUCUUUCAGUACUGUCUGACUGCAGAAACCUGUCUAUCUACAACUGGAUUUCUAAUGGAAGAAGGUGGUUCCAUUAGUGAGUAGACAUGAGAUACCAGUUUAAGUAUUAUUGUAUCCAUGCCACUUGGUAUCACACUGAAAUCUGCCUAUUGCCCUCUCAUUUAUGUGCAUAAAUAAAGCCACAGUUUGUUUAAUGCUAGGAUGUAAGUUAUUCUAAAGCCUUUACCAAAACAAAGCAAAAUAAAGAGUCUACUGAGUUUUGAGCCUUAA